CCUUAGCGUAAACCAUUUGCAUGCGGUCGCCGUAGUGGUUUUUGGUUUAUUUGAUCGAGUGAUGUUAGUCUGUCUUGAUUUAUGCUAGCUGGCUAACGCCAGUGAUUUUACAGGCAAAACCUAUUUUUGGCAGAUUGAAAACAUUAAAUGCACUUUACACUGCACGUAUAUCAUAUUUAAUAACUGGCACGUGUUUAAGUCAUUUAAAAUAGCCAAUAGUUGUCAAUAAGUGACAUUCAGGCGGUUGAUUGACACUUAACCUAAGUGACUGACACAAGCUCAAUGGAAUGGCCAAACACAAAGCUGCUCUUCCACCCACUGACAAUCACGUUUCUACGGCAACAUUGCGACCCUAUCUGAAUGCGGUGCGCGCCACUCUUCAAGCAGCCCUGUGUCUGGAGAACUUCUCCUCUCAGGUGGUGGAGAGACACAACAAGCCUGAGGUGGAAGUUAGGAGCAGCAAAGAGCUUCUUUUGCAGCCUGUGGUCAUAAGCCGCAAUGAGAAGGAGAAGGUCCUGAUUGAGGGGUCCAUAAACUCAGUGAGAGUCAGCAUCGCUGUCAAACAGGCUGAUGAGAUUGAGAAGAUCCUGUGCCAUAAAUUUAUGAGGUUCAUGAUGAUGCGAGCAGAGAACUUUUUCAUCCUGCGGAGGAAACCUGUUGAGGGCUAUGACAUCAGCUUCCUCAUUACCAACUUCCACACGGAACAGAUGUACAAACACAAGCUGGUGGACUUUGUUAUCCAUUUCAUGGAGGAGAUCGACAAGGAGAUCAGCGAGAUGAAGCUGUCAGUCAAUGCUCGGGCCCGAAUUGUCGCAGAGGAAUUCCUCAAGAAUUUCUGAGGAUCCUUGUCUACAUUCCUAAUACCCAUCAGAGAUUGGUGUUGCUUUGUUUCUUGUGGACAAAAACAUUCAAAGUUUUUAAAAUCUCCACAGAGCAAAGGGGAAAGAGUUUAGUAGUUAGCAACCACGCAAGAAGAUCUACAGGAACAACUGGCCAGUCUUGCAGCACUAUAUGCAGUCCCCUUUGCCUUCUGUUCAAGGUGCUCCUUGUGCCCAUGGAUAUUAACAAUUGUACAUUUAGUCAAGAAUUUAUUACUCUCGUUUUCUGUUGUUAGGAAAAAAGAAAAAGAAAAGUAAACACACAGUCAAGGCAGGUCCUUAAAAGUAUUACCUGUAAUUAAUAUUGAUGGGCACAGGAAUCUUGUUGUUGGACUGUAGUUUUUUUUGUUGUCUUUUAUAUACAUGUACUCACAUGCUUUCAUUUUUGUUACAAUAAAAAAAAAUAAAAAUCAGGAAUUAAUUCAAUGUUAAAGAGAUAAUGAGAGAGAAAAAAGAGAAAAUGGGUGUUUAUAUUUUGGCACUGCUAAACUCCAAUAUUAUAACUAUACAAAAAACCUGCAUAAAACAUAAUGACAAUAAAUUCAAUAAAAAUAUAUUGUGCUUUCUGUA